AUGACGAAGACUCAGCUUGUCACAGAAGAUGCUCCCAAUUCCGACGGCCUCAAAAUAGCUGACAAACAUGUUGAAGUGACGCAAGAGAUGUACACACAAGAGCGCGAGAAGCGUCUUCGUCCUGGUGCACGGUCCGAAUACUUGGAUCUGCAUUCCCUUGAAAGAUUCCGCCAUUUCAAAAAUGACAAGUGGGCCGAAGAAGAAGCUCUCAACCCCGAUGGCCCUCUCAGACCAGAUGAUGGCUCGCACUGUGAGAUACUGAUCAUUGGUGGCGGAUGGAGCGGCCUGGUCACGGCGGUCAGACUACUCCAAGCUGGUUUCAAACUGGAUGAUAUACGCAUCGUAGACUUCGCUGCUGGCUUUGGUGGUACUUGGUAUUGGAACCGUUACCCAGGAUUAUGUUGCGACGUCGAAAGCUACAUCUAUAUGCCUCUGCUAGAGGAGACUGGGUACGUACCGACACAUAAAUAUGUCAGCGGCAACGAGCUGCGCGAGCACGCCAAGAGGAUUGCCACAAAGUGGAAUCUCGACCGCAUUGCAUGGUUUCAGAACCGCGUGACCUCUCUUGUAUGGGACGACAAUUCCCAAGAAUGGGCCACUAUCCUUGUCCCUCAGGGAAUGCACGGAAAGGAAGGAGACCCGAUUACAGUUCGGUCACGGUUCGCAGUCCUAGCCACAGGUCUUCUUUUUGUUCCCCAUAUCCCCGAUAUCCCUGGAAUCGAAAAAUUCAAGGGUGCAUGCUUCCAUCCCGCGCGCUGGGACUACCAGACUACCGGGGGCACGGCUGAGAAACCCGAUCUGGUCAAUCUCAAAGACAAGCGGGUCGGAAUAAUCGGCACUGGUGCCACAGCAGUUCAAGUAGUACCACACCUAGCUAUGUGGUCGAAAGACUUGUGCGUGUUCCAGCGCACACCCUCGGCGGUGGAUCGACGCGACAACGAGCCUACUGACGCGGACUGGGCUCGUAAUGCGUUCUCCACUCCGGGCUGGCAGAAAGCACGGCAGAAGAACUUUCAUGACUUCGUCACGAACGCCCCGUGCAAGCCAAGCAACGAUAUGGUUCGUGAUGGAUGGACGCGCAUGCCUUCGUACAGCGCCAUGACUGGGACACAUGGUUUGGACUGUUCCACACCAGAGGCCAUCCAGAAACACCUUGAGACGCUCCAUGCCCUUGACCUGCCCCGACAGGAGAGUAUUCGUAAACGGGUUGAUGAGGUCGUGACUGAUCCGGAUGUGGCGUCGAAGCUCAAGCCCUGGUAUCCGGGGUGGUGCAAGCGUCCUUGUUUCCACGACGGAUACCUCCAGUCAUUCAACGAACCACACGAGAUCACGGCAGAGGGAGUCGUGGUCGGAGAUGAAGAAUAUAAACUUGACGUGCUCAUCGUCAGCACUGGCUACAGGAGCCUUUUUGCCCCUAGCCCUGCUGGCCGAGUCAGCAUUGAGAUCAAGGGUCGCAAUGGGCUCUUGUUUGACAAGAAAUGGGAAGAAGGCGUCACGACACUACACGGAAUGAUGAGCAAUGGAUUUCCCAAUCUGUUCUGGCCCGGUCUAGUUCAAGCUGGAGCCGGUCCCAAUUUCACUGCCUGCGUGGAGAUGUUUGGAACCCACGUCGCCUCCAUCAUAUCUCACGCAGUUGAAACCACUGGGUCCACCGAAGGGAAUAAUGAGAAUAUCGGGAAGUACAAGAUUCCCUGCACCGUCGAGCCUACUGCCGACGGCGAAGAAGAAUGGUCUCAGCUUGUUGCCUCACAGGCGGGAGCCUUCGCAACCAUCGCUGGCUGUACACCUAACUACUACAACGGGCAAGGAACUUUGGGUGCCGGUGCCUCUCCUGAAGAGUUGAAACGGCUAGCCAGGAUGAGCCUGUGGGUCGGGGGUCCUGAUGAUUUUGGGAGACUUAUUGCCGAUUGGAGAGCAGCUGGUUUCAAGGACCUUGAAAUUGCACCUGCUCCUUAG